AUGCAGAGGCUCAGAGAGGUAGAGGCUCAGAGAGGUAGAGGCUCAGAGAUGCAGAGGCUCAGAGAGGCAGAGGCUCAGAGACGCAGAGGCUCAGAGACGCAGAGGCUCAGAGACGCAGAGGCUCAGAGAUGCAGAGGCUCAGAGACGCAGAGGCUCAGAGAUGCAGAGGCUCAGAGAGGUAGAGGCUCAGAGACGCAGAGGCUCAGAGACGCAGAGGCUCAGAGACGCAGAGGCUCAGAGACGCAGAGGCUCAGAGAUGCAGAGGCUCAGAGACGCAGAGGCUCAGAGACGCAGAGGCUCAGAGAUGCAGAGGCUCAGAGAUGCAGAGGCUCAGAGAGGUAG